GAUUGCCCUUUUCUCUUCCUUAUCCCGUUUAUAUGAUCGGAGAGGAACUGCGCUUCAGCUUGAAGCGGUGCGAACAUGGCCGAGCGAGUGCAGCCCCCAGCCAAGCGGCUCUGCUGCCGGCCCGGCUACAACCCGGCGUGCAGACAGGGCCAGCGGGCUGGAGGUAUCCUGUGUGGCGGCUCGGGCUCCGCUCCGGGAAGCUCGGGCAACGGGAAAACGCACAACCCUGAGUCGCUGCUCGAUAUCGCGGCGCGCAGAGUGGCGGAGAAGUGGCCGUUCCAAAGGGUGGAGGAGCGGUUCGAGAGGAUCCCGGAACCCGUCCAGCGGAGAAUCGUAUACUGGUCAUUCCCGAGAAGUGAGAAGGAGAUCUGUAUGUACUCGUCCUUUAACGCGGGAGCGGAGGAAAGUGGAACUAGCGGGGACAAUACUGACGAGAGCCAGCUACCUUUCCUCCGGGGUGUCACUCUUCUGGAGGGCGGCUGGGUGGACAACGUUCUGCAAGUCGGCUUCCAUCUUAGCGGCACCGUGACAGACCCAGCCACCUCCUCAUCACCGGAGCUCGUGUGCAGCGUUAGCGUUAGCUUUGACCGCUGCAAAAUCACCGCGGUAACAUGCACGUGUGGCAACAAGGACAUUUUCUACUGCGCCCAUGUGGUGGCGCUGUCGCUUUACAGGGUACGGAAGCCCGAGCAGGUCAAACUGCACCUGCCCAUCUCAGAGACCCUGUUCCAGAUGAGCCGGGACCAGCUACAGAAGUUUGUGCAGUAUUUGAUCUCAGUCCAUCACACUGAAGUCCUGCCAACCGCCCAAAAACUGGCAGACGAAAUCCUCUCACAGAACUCAGAGAUCAACCAGGUCCAUGGGGCUCCAGACCCCACAGCGGGGGCCAGCGUGGACGAUGAGAACUGUUGGCACUUGGAUGAAGAACAGGUCCAGGAGCAGGUGAAGCUGUUUCUGUCGCAGGGCGGGUACCAUGGCUCAGGCAAACAGCUCAACCUCCUCUUCAGCAAGGUGAGGGAGAUGCUGAAGAUGAGAGACUCAAACGGAGCACGGAUGUUAACACUGAUCACAGAGCAGUUCAUGGCCGACCCCAGACUGGCCCUAUGGAGGCAGCAGGGCACCAGCAUGACUGACAAGUACAGGCAACUGUGGGACGAGCUCGGCGCCCUGUGGAUGUGCAUCGUCCUAAACCCUCACUGUAAACAAGAGCAGAAGAGCUCGUGGCUCCGGCAGCUGCGCAGAUGGAACAGCGUGGACGUGUGCCCCUGGGAGGACGGUAACCAUGGCAAUGAUCUGCCCAACCUCACCCACUCACUGCCUCAGGGCGCCCAUGGCAACCAAGAGAUGCGCUCCCAUCGGACUGUAUUCACUCGGGCCAUCGAAGCCUGCGACCUUCACUGGCAGGAUCGCCAUCUCCAGCACAUCAUCGCCAGCGACCUGUAUGCCAACUACUGUUACCAUGACAACCAGGAGGGCUCGCUGUUCGACGCCCGCGGCUGGCCUCUGUGGCACGAGCAUGUACCCACGGCCUGUGCUCGAGUGGAUGCCCUGCGUUCCCACGGUUACCCCCGGGAGGCGCUGCGUCUCGCCAUCGCUGUCGUCAACACUCUGCGGAGACAACAACAGAGGCAGCUCGACCAUUUUCGCCGACACAAAAAAGAGCUGCUUCAAAAGGGACACACUUCGAUCACCAACAUGGAGGGCUGGGUGGGCCACCCGCUGGACCCCAUUGGGACCCUGUUCAGCACCCUCACUGAGUCGGGGCGAGGGGGAGAGGAGGGCGCUACCACCUGCUUAGACCUGUCAGACUGUUCCAGUGUUGUGAGCAGGGCGGAGCUUCAGCGGUUGCCCGUGCAGCGGUUACUAGGAGACGGCGAGUCAUACGUAGCCUUGGCAGUGGAGACGGCUCUGAUUGGCUUAGGGCAGCAGAGGGUGAUGCCUGAUGGGCUGUAUGCCCAGGAGAAGGUGUGUCGCAACGAGGAGCAGCUAUUGGCCAAGCUACAGGAAGUGGAACUGGACGAUGCCCUGGUCAAGAUCUUCCGAAAACAAGCCGUCUUUCUACUGGAGGCCGGGCCGUACUCUGGUCUGGGGGAGGUGGUCCAUAGAGAGAGCGUUCCCAUGCACACAUUCGCUCGUUACCUGUUCACUUCGCUCUUACCUCAUGACGCCGAGCUCGCCUACAAGCUGUCGCUUAGAGCCAUGAGGUUGCCAGUGCUGGAGUCCUCGGCCUCAUCUGCAGACCUGUCGCGGCCUCACCACAUUGUCUCCGUGGUGCCAAACCGAUACCCGCGCUGGUUCACUCUCAGUCACAUAGAGUCUCAGCAAUGUGAGCUGGCCUCCACCAUGCUCACAGCAGCCAAAGGUGACAGUCGCAGGCUUGAAACAGUCCUGGAGUCCAUCCAGAAGAACAUCCAUUCCUCGUCUCACAUUUUCAAACUGGCCCAAGACGCGUUCAAGAUUGCCACUCUGAUGGACAGCCUGCCUGACAUCACACUCCUCAAGGUGUCUCUGGAGCUGGGGCUGCAGGUGAUGAGAAUAACUCUGUCCACAUUGAACUGGAGGAGGAGAGAGAUGGUGCGCUGGUUAGUGACAUGUGCCACAGAAGUCGGUGUGUAUGCUCUGGACAGCAUCAUGCAGAGCUGGUUCACUCUCUUCACUCCAACAGAGGCCACCAGUAUCGUGGCCACUACUGUUAUGUCCAACAGUACCAUCGUGCGGCUGCACCUAGACUGCCACCAGCAGGAGAAUCUCGCCUCCUCCGCCCGAACCCUCGCCCUGCAGUGUGCCAUGAAGGACCCACAGAACUGCGCCCUCUCCGCCCUCACGCUCUGUGAAAAGGACCACAUUGCCUUCGAGACAGCCUAUCAGAUUGUACUGGACGCUGCGGCCACCGGGAUGAGCUACACACAACUGUUCACCAUUGCUCGCUACAUGGAGCACCGUGGGUACCCCAUGAGAGCCUACAAGCUAGCUACGUUAGCUAUGGCGCACCUCAACCUCAGUUACAACCAGGACACCCACCCAGCCAUCAACGACGUGCUGUGGGCAUGUGCACUCAGUCACUCGCUUGGCAAAAAUGAGCUGGCCGCUGUCAUCCCCCUGGUGGUCAAGAGCGUGAAGUGCGCCACCGUGCUGUCGGACAUUUUGCGGCGGUGCACGCUGACCACUCCGGGGAUGGUGUCGGCUCUGCACAGCCGCAGGAACUCUGGGAAGCUCAUGUCCCUGGACAAAGCUCCACUCAGGCAGCUGCUUGACGCAACUAUCGGAGCCUACAUCAACACGACACACUCGCGCCUCACGCACAUCAGCCCCAGACACUACAGCGAGUUCAUCGAGUUCUUAGGGAAAGCCCGCGAGACCUUUAUGAUGGCUCAUGACGGACACAUCCAGUUCACACAGUUCAUAGACAACCUUAAACAGAUCUACAAGGGCAAAAAGAAACUGAUGAUGCUGGUGAGAGAGAGGUUUGGCUGAGGGCGAGCGAGGGGCGCAUGCCCCUCUCUCUGUAGGACUUUUAUAUUCACCUGCCUUUUGAACUAAGAGAACAGAGGGAUCAGUGAACAGAGGGAUGAACAGAGGGAUGUGACUUGUAGAAUGACGCAAAAAGAAAAGAAGACAAAAAAACCAGAGCCACCUGCGGUAUUAUCGUUCUUGCUGUUGUUAUUGUUCUAAACAUUAUUAUUACUAUUAUUAUUAUUAAUAAUAAUAUUACUACUACGUGUACAGAAGUGUUUUUAUUUUCAGAAGAGAGGAAAUUUGUCACGUUGUGAAUGUGUGUGUGAGGAACACAAAGUGAAAUGGCUUUUUUUAAACUUUAGGUUCUUUUGUUUGUUUUUUUAUUUGAUCUUUUUCCCUUUUGUGUGUUUUGAGUUAAAUGUGUCCAGUGGCUGAAGCCCCGUCUACAGAAGCGCUCACGAAAGAAAAAGAAACAAGUACAAAACUGUCUCGGCUUCCUCAAAGAGAAACUAAGGCUUUAAACCACACAGCACCUCCCUCUGCCUGGCCUGGGUCAGUCCGGGUCAGUCCGGGUCAGUCCGGGUCGGCGUGGGUCAGACCGGGUCGGUCCGGGUCAGACCGGAACAGCCCAGGUCAGACCAGGUCAGACUGGUUCAGCACUGACAGAAAGCAUAGGACUCCACAGUUGCAUCGGCAGCACUUAUACGUUUCUCUGGUCCCAGACAUUAACUUUAUCACAACAAUGCUCUUAGCAAACUCAUGUUGUUGUUGGAUUGAUCCCACUCUACUUUGAGACAGAAGCAUACAGUACACAGUGUACAGUACUCAGUAUAGAGUAGUAUUACACACCUGGUGUCAUGCAGUUAUAUAAUGGCCAAAUUAAACACACACAUGUGAUUCAGAAGAGGACAAAGGACUACCUCAUACUAUGGUAUUAAAUCCUCCAUUUUGUUUCAUGAUUUGGCUGUGAGAGUGACAAUGUUGACAGUGUUACAUGGGACAUACUAACGACAUCACUGCCAUAAACCAGAGGACAGAGGUGUGAAAACACCAGAGAAAACACAUUAUACAAAACUAUAUGGAGAAUCUAUGUCUUAGUCUAUAAAAGUCUAAUCUGUGCACAGAUCUGGGGAUUUGCAACAGGCCAGUUCCUGCCAUCACAGUUAGCAUGAAUGCUAACAUGCUGCUAGCUUUGAAGGUCUCGCGGCGCUUGAAGAUUCUGAUUCUGUUUGUGCCAGAAUAGCAUUCAUCAUCGGCCUGUCUGUGUGUGCCCCCUGACUUUUCUCUCACACACUGCAGUUUAAUAUUUUUUUAUCUGUGAUCAGGGCCCGGGCUACAACGCUGCGGUACUCCACUUCACCACUGGCCUCAUCACGAGCUGCACAUUUGUCCUGUUUCUCUGAAGUCGUUCCCUUUUUGCAUGUGAAGCAUUAGAGACUAGGCUUUCUACUGUUAUAGUUCAUUGUGUGGAACCAGAAUGUUCUCAGGGAUUUCUCUACACAGGAAUUAAAAAUGGCAGAACAAAUGAAUUACAAACUUGGAGAAAAAGACUAAAACGCAAGACAACAUGAGCGAGCAUUUAAUGUAGUGUGUAAAUAUGCCAUAGUAUAUGUCUGACAAUGGAGGAUCUGAAAGUAUAUGUUAACUAAUUUAUACAGAGUAUUCUAUGUAUGUGAAAUACUUGAAGCCACUGUACUUGGUCUGUCGCGCAUUUGUUUUCUUCUUUUGUCUCAUUUUAUUUCUCAUUUAAAGGUGAACCGUGGAACUUUUCUGGUUGUGAAUCCUCCUGCGUAGAGAGGGUACUGCUUUGCCUGGAAUGAUCCACAGUAUGGCAUUAAGGUUAUCCAUCUCCUAGUUACAGGUCACAUCUGUGGAGUGGCAAAUCCACUCACAAUAGAAAGCAUAGACUGUAUAUAUAAAUGGACAUUGCUAACCUGCUAGCUGCCGCAUUCCAAAUAGGAAGUGAUCAUGGGCGCACUUCCAGCUCCAUUGACUCUGGCUUCAAUUCACUUGCUAUUAUGGCAUCUCUCUCCGUAACUGCUGCUGUCAGGCUCGUCAUUUUGGUCUUAAAAUGUUCAUAUUAACCCACUCUGCAUGAUCCUGCGUUUUUAAUUUCACUAUUAAGUCCGUAAAUCAAGAUAUGAAAAUGAAUAAUAGACAAAUCAGGUGCCUUCUUUCCUUGAGGUCGCUUCCGUUAAUGUUAGCAACAGAUUUAAUUGACAGCGUUGCUAAGCACCCGCUCCCUGCUAAACCAGUAGUGCAGGUGGUAAGGAGCAUUGCCUUCAACAGCCUCGCUCUGGUUUGGCUCUUUGGUUGGCAUGAUAAUCGCAGUCAGAAUUCCAAAUAUGGAACUGGGCUCCAAAUUGGCCCCUAUAACUGUUAGCCUCGAUGAGCUUCAUUUGACUGAACGCUGAACGGAACACCAAAUGCUAUGGGUGAUGUCACACUCAGUCCAGUUGUUUAUACAGUCUAUGGUAGAAAUGCAUUUUGUUCCAAGGUAUUUUUGAGCAAUAUAUAUACACCAGUUAAUAAAUAAAAGCAAGGUAUAUACGCUUAAUGCAAUACUGUGGAACAUUCAGUGCAGUGACAUCUCCAUGGAGACAAGCAGGUGGCAGAAAAGUUACACAGUGCAACUUUAAAACAACAUAUCAAAAGGACAAGUUGAUGGCUCUCUAUGGCCAAUAUUUCAAUCGAGAGAUACUGGAUUUACUUUCAAAUUUAUGAAAAAAAUGUGACUCACUACUGAAGUUGGACAAAUAUAGGCCUUUAACGUCCUCAUGGGUAUUUAAAUAUGCAUGUCUGAUUAUUAAGGAUUUAAUCUGCCAAAUCGUGAGUGUAAGUGAAGUCUAAUGCUAAAAUACUGUAACUUUUAACCGCAGGAACAACAAACCAACAAACCCGAUCCCGCAAAUCUCAUGACCCUGUCCAGAUCUCAUGACAUUGUCCAGAUCUCAUGACGCUGUCCAGUGUUUCGUAACACUGUCCAGAUCUCAUGACCAUGUAGAUCUCAAGACCCUGUCCAGAUCUCAUGACCCUGUAGAUCUCAAGACCCUGUCCAGAUCUCAUGACCUUGUCCAGUGUCCCGUGACCCUUUCCAGAUCUCGUGACCCUGUCCAGAUCUUAAGAUGCUGUCCAGUGUCUCGAGACCCUGUCCAUUGUCUCGUGACCCUGGCCAGAUGACCCUGUCCAGUGUCUCGUCCCGUUCUUGCCUUUACAGCCGCUCUUGUUUUUGUUCUCGUCUUGGUUGUUCUGUUUCUGAGAUGGUAGCAGCCUUUUCUCUUGCCUUGUCUUAACGCUUUAAUGUAACCAAACAGGAGAUCUAACCUAACAACCAAACGCGUGGAGGAGAUGAGAGCGACCCCUGGUGGUCUCAGCUUUAGUGUCCUUAAUUAGUAAAGUGAAUGGCUGUGUCUUUAACGAAACAACUCUGUGUGUUUGGUGAAAUGUCCAGUGUCUCCUCAGAUUUCCUCUUUCUAGCUGUUCCUUUCUGUUCGUGUAGGAAUCUUCUUUUAUUUAUUACAAGGACCCAUGUAAACAUGCUUAUGAAAUUCAGAUUUGAUACACGAUUUAUUUAUGUAACUAAAUCACUGUUUUAUAAUCUUGUUAAUGAGUCAAUAAUUGAUUUUUUUUGUUUUGUUUUUGUUUAAAUAAAACUUAGUUUUUUUGAAAUGUAAA